AUGCCAAUGUCAAUGUCACCACUACCUCCACCACCACCACUACCUCCACCACCACCACCGCCACCAAUGUCAAUAUCAAUGAGAAUGCCACCACCACCACUACAAAUACCAAUGUCAAUGAUAAUGUCACCACCAGCGGCACCACCAAUGCCAAUGUCAAUGUCAAUGUCACCACCGCAGCGGCAGCAGCAACAACAACAACAACAAUUAACCAUAGGGAGAUCUUCAUCGAGAGAUAGAGGUGGAAUGUCAAACUUUUUCUCUUUUCGGAAAUCCUCAAUGGAUACAUCAAAGCCCUAUUCUGAUAUGGCAGUCCCUGGUACUAGUGAACAACCUCAGAGUAUGUUUAUGUAUGCUAGUGCAUCAAAUCUAAUGAACGAAGCAGAAGAUCAAAUAAUAAACAACACCAAUAAUAACAACGCAACUUUUCCGAAUAUGGCACCACAAAUGAAUUAUCAAUCAGCAGUUGGUAUCUCACCAAUAUCGUCAUCUGGCCUAGAUUAUUUUAAAACACCUUUUUCUUCUUCGUUUUCAUCAUCGUCAUCACAGCAACCAUCCGUAGCACCUCGUGCUGGUGGUAGUAGUGGGGGUAGCUGCUACAUGCAGACAGCUCAGGUACCACAACCGAAAGUCCGCACGUGUACCUUAUCUGAUACCUCAUGCAAAAGAAUGAAUAAGCCAAUGCACCACUUGUUCAAAUUGGCGGAAAGGCGCUUCGAUGAUAGCGAUAUGCAAAACAUCGAAUUAGAAAGUACAGUCUCACAUUCGCUGUUAUGUAUAAAGAAAGCAAAACGAAAAAUGACACCCAAAGAUAAUGUGCCAUCACAGGGAUCCAUCCACAACCUAUUACUCCUCGAUGUAUGCGCACUGGGCUUGGGUGUAGAAGAUACUCACGGUCACAUGCACACACUUAUUCGUCGUAAUACAACGAUUCCAACGCGAACUCAAUUUUAUUCAAUAUUCACCAAUGCUUAUGCCUAUCAAACGACAGCUUCUAUUCGCAUAUUUGAAGGCGAACAUAAUCUGACGAAAUACAAUCUACUAUUGGGAGAAUUGUGUCUUAGCGGUCUAACACGUAACUUUGCUGCUCAGACGCUCGAAAUAGCUAUUCGAAUGGAGAUCGAUGCGAAUGGUAUAAUUCGUGUUGACGCCGAGGAAGCACGUUCAGGUGCCAAAGCAUCCAUUACUAUCAACCCUGGUGAUCGCGCAAGAUCAUCAGUAGAUGACAUUGAACGACAUAUUACUUAUGUCCAAAGUGAUACAGACUUCCAAGCUAAAUCUGUUUAUGAUCGCAAGCCUGAGGAUCCAUUGUACACGCUUGACGGCCAAACCGAAACUGUAAUACAUAAUUUUUCGGGUGAACUUGCUACUACGUUAGGUAAAACAAUUGAUGACACGCUUCUUGGUAAGCUCAAAGAUGUUCAAUCUACAAAGACUAUGAUUGAAGAAGUUAUGCAACUUCAAUUCGAGGAUGGUUCCUUUAUAUUGAAUAAAGAGUUAGCUGAUGUAUUUCAUAUAGAUUUUGAAAUUUUUAAUGGCCUUGAACAUUAUUUGCGCGAACAAGGUUUUAAUUCACUCGCUUUGAAUGUACGCAACGAACUUCUUCGUUUGAUUGGUACGGGUGUCAUUCUUCUAUGGCUCGUUCUUAAAACACAAUCAUUACAACAGAAUAUGUUUGAAAUGUUAACUAGUAUUGAACAAAUCGAAAUCAAUCUUUACAACUAUUUACCGGCUAGCAUGCAUGGAAAAAUAAAACAGGCGAUCGAAUUCUAUCAGCAAACGGGCCAACGUAAUGGUAUUUAUUGCAGACAAUUAGAAUUGAAAGAUUCAUCAUGGCAUCCGUUUAUUCAACAUUUACUCGUCGGUAUUGAUCGUACCAAUCCCUGA